UAUAAAUCUAUUGAGCCAUUUCUAAAAAAGAAGACUACACCGAAAGACGGAGAACGGGAACAUUAUCAAUCGAUCGCUGAUCGCAAGAAACUUGAUGGUCUUUAUGAAUGUAUUUUGUGUGCUUGCUGCUCCACUUCGUGCCCCAGUUAUUGGUGGAAUUCAGAUGAAUAUCUUGGACCAGCAGUUUUGUUGCAAGCGUAUAGAUGGAUGAUUGAUUCGAGAGACGAUUACGCCCAAGAACGUCGGGAAGCACUUCAAAAUAAAUUCUCAGUCUAUCGUUGUCAUACCAUUAUGAAUUGUACGAGGACAUGCCCGAAAGGGCUAAAUCCUGGCCGAGCAAUUGCUAUGAUCAAAAAGGAAAUGGCAUUAGAGUGA